UUUUAUUUUUUCCAUUAUACCACAUCUUCUUUAUCCAUUCUUAAGGCCACUUUUAAUCCCAAAAUGCCAUGGGUGUUUAUUUCUGACCAGGAGGAGCAGAGAAGCUGCAGUAAGGGUGGUAGAUAACUUGAGCUUGAAGGAUGAGUGGGAUUUUAAUAGGAUGCAUAGAAACACUCCCUGCAGAGGGCACUCUAUGGAAGUGCCUGGUGGCCUGGGAGAAUGGAGUGUGGACAGCUGGUAUCACUGAUCACAGGGCCCAGAUAAAAGGAGAGUGGAGUCCAACAUGGGCAGUCCCUGCCCUACUCCCCUCACAGGGCAGGUGCCAGAACCUGAUGAGCUAUGAAAAAGGGCAUAAAAUCCUACCGCAUGAGACAAGUGGGCAGUAUUAUCCCACAUGCAGUUACAUCACUGCAUGACAUUCUAAAUUCAUAGCCCAUCAUGGUUAUCAUUAGAUAUAGGGUUAGGACAGUCCCUAACUGAGUCCACUGUCAAGGGGUGGAGGGGUGUUGUAUCAUUUCUUUCAGGCUGGGGUUUCUGUCCAGGGCAUACAGAGGCCUAGGACGGAGUAGCUGCUCCAGCCCCACUCUGGAAAAGAACCAAAGUACACGUGGGAGUCAGGCCUUGCACACUGGACCCAGAGCGCAAGGAACAGUGGGAAAUUCAUGGACUCUGGAGUCAAGAAGCCUAGAUUCAAGUCCAUGCCUGCCACUCCCUCCAAAUGACCUCCAGCAAACCUUUUAACCCUUAACUAUGUAACCCAUGGCCUCAUCCAUAAAGAUGAAGACCCUAACUCUCUCAGUUUAUUCGAGAGGAACUUAGGAAAAGUGUUUUUUACUUACAGAAAAACUGAUUGUUUCUACAUAAAUGUUAUCUUUCUUGGGUGUGCCAUAGGGUCCCGCCUGAAGGGAUGGCUAGAGAAAAUCAGACUCUGCCUGAAUUCCUCCUGCUGGGAUUUUCUGACCUCAGGGCUCUGCAGGGCCCCCUGUUCUGGGUGGUGCUUCUGGUUUACCUGGUCACCUUGCUGGGGAACUCUCUGAUCAUCCUCCUCACACGGGCCAGCCCCGCCCUGCACUCCCCCAUGUACUUCUUCCUGCGCCACCUCUCCGUGGUGGAGAUCCUCUACACCACCACCAUCGUGCCCAGGACCCUGGCUGACCUGGCCUCCCCGCACCCCCGCGCCAUCUCCUUCCAGGGCUGUGCAGCCCAGAUGUAUGUUUUUAUCGUGCUGGGCAUCUCAGAGUGCUGCCUGCUCACAGCCAUGGCCUAUGACCGCCAUGCCGCCAUCUGCCGGCCGCUGCAUUACUCCACCCUCAUGCGCGGGCAGGCCUGCAUGGUUAUGGUGGCUGUCUCCUGGCUCAUGGGCAUCGUCACAGCCACCACCCAUUCCUCCCUCAUCUUCACCCUGUCUUUCCCCAGCCACCCAAUCAUCCCUCACUUCUUCUGCGACAUCCUGCCGGUACUGAGACGGGCCAGUGCGGGGAAGCACGGGAGCGAGAUCUCGGUGAUGACAGCCACCGUGGCCUUCAUCAUGGUCCCCUUCUCUCUGAUUGUCACCUCUUACACCCGCAUCCUAGGUGCCAUCCUGGCCAUGACCUCCACCCGGAGCCGCCACAAGGUCUUUUCCACCUGCAGUUCCCACCUGCUCGCGGUCCUCCUCUUCUUCGGAACGGCCAGCGUCACCUACAUCCGGCCGCAGGCAGGUUCCUCUGUCACCACGGAUCGCAUCCUCAGCCUCUUCUACACAGUCAUCACGCCCAUGCUCAACCCCAUCAUCUACACCCUUCGGAACAAGGAGGUGACAACGGCCCUGAGGCUCAUGGUGAAGAGGCAGGUCCCCUCACCCUGAAGGGACUCAGGGGUUGUCUGCUCCCUCACCGAUUGCUCCCCUUCCCAGCCUCACAGAAGCCAUGCAGCUCCUCAAAGAGACCAGGCUUCCUGGAAGAAAGGGUUGGCUAUAAAAGAGGUAAAUCUAUAUCUUACGGCCUCCCCCACACCCCAGACUCAUUAUCGGAGCACAAGUUAUUAGGACAGGGUAGAAUGGAAGGGAAUGCUGCCUAUGGGGAAGAGCAUUUAACAGCUUCUAGAUUGUUCUGGAUCCCUGAGCAGGGUCAUUGCCAUGGCAACACCAGUAGUCAGAGGUCCAUGUCAGUCAUGAAGGCAGAUGUCUAUGAACUUGAAAUCCAACUAAAUGAUCUACCCAGAGCCCAGGACAGGGUUUAGCUGGCCUUUGGAUUUCGUUUUCUCCCAGAAACACAGUGUAGUCUUACACCCUGGAUGCCUUAUAGAAGAGAAAAAACUAAUACCUCCUUGAACUAGUCCACAUGAAUAUUCCCUGCCUCUCCCCAUCCUUGACUUCUGACAUCAUCCUUAAGUAGUGAUAAGACAUCCAACUGAACAAGAGCAUCUUUCUGGCUUCCCUGUUCUUCUCCCAGCAAGUGCCAUCCACUUGAUCCCAUACCUCCUUCUCCAGCACCUCAGACUGGGUGAAACCCUGAGGCCAUCCUGGAUGAGAAUUAGACAGUGGACACUGGACAGUCAUUGUGGGGAGUUCCCACUGUGGUGCAAUGGGAUUGGCCAGAACGCAGUUUCCAUCCACGGCCCAGCACAGUGGGGCAUUGUGGGUUAAAGGAUCCAGCAUUGCCGCAGCUGAGCCCUCGGUUGCAACUGCGGCAGCUCGGAUCAGCAUAUGGCCCUGGGGAGUCCAUAUGCUAUGGGGUGGCCAAAGAAAGAAAAAGAAAAGUGUAGCCCUAAAAAUUCACAGUUCCCAUUGUGGCACAGUGGGUUAAGAACCCUGCUAGUAUCCAUGAGGAUGUGAGUUCGAUACCUGGCCUCACUCAGUGGCUUAAGGCUCUCGCAUUGCUCUGGUUGUGGUGUAGACCUGCAGCUGCAGCUCCCACCCAACCCCUAGCCCAGGAACUUCCAUGUGCAGCAAGUGGGGCCCUAAAAGUCAUUGUGGCCACCAAGCAUUUGACUUUCCUUCAAUGUCUGGAAGAUUCACCACUUUAGACGUCUCACUGGGGGGAAAAACCACUUCCCUCUGCAAGCUGAGAACGUUUCCCAGCCCUCUUAGCAUGUCACCCAUUUCCACCAGUGGGAUGGACCCACACCUGCCUGCCUGAGAACCAGGUGCCCAAAAGAGACAGAGAGCAGCACUCACUCUCAGGCAACGGCAAAGAAGCUGCAGCAGAAAGGUUCUGGCAUAGAAGUGGCAGCUGGUCCCUGGCGGCAGCACCAUGGUUUUCUUCAACUGGCCAGCUCCUUUUUGGGAGUUACCUCUGGAAGCUUCGCCUCUGACGUGGUCCCCUACCCUGCCAACAACACUAUAUUUUUGCUAAUACAUUAUUUUUCCAUUUCAUCAUCCAGGCAGCUUCUGUUGCUGUCAAGAAUUUUGACUGAUACAAUCGAUUUGGAAGCCAGAGGCAGCAGAGGGAAAAUCUUAACCCUGGUGUCCUAGGAAUGAAAUGGUCUAGAGUCUGUUUAGAGAAGACAGCUAAAGGGAACUUCAGGGUCAGAGAAUAUCCUCAGACAGAAGAUACAGAAUCAAGAAACCAAGAACCGGAGUUCCCGUCGUGGCGCAGUGGUUAACGAAUCCAACUAGGAACCAUGAGGUUGUGGGUUCGAUCCCUGGCAUUGCUCAGUGGGUUAAGGAUCUGGCAUUGCUGUGAGCUGUGGUGUAGGUUACAGACGCGGCUCGGAUCCCGCGCUGCUAUGGCUCUGGCGUAGGCCAGUGGCUACAGGUCCGGUUAGACCCCUAGCCUGGGAACCUCCAUACGCCACAAGUGUGGCCCUAAAAAGACCAAAAAAAAAGAAGAAGGUUAAUGAUUGCAAUCUGGAGGGGUUUCUGGAAGACUUCCUGGAGGAAGUGACUCAAUGCAGUCAAACCUUCUCACGUCAUGGUGCACAUAGAAAGUGCUAACAUUUGAGUGGCACACCGGAGUAAACUGAAGGGGGGUUGGAGGCAUCUAGUUAGAAUUUGAUGGGAAAAAAUUUGAUGCACUCUCUUUUUACUAUAUAUGGAAUUUUUUAAUACUGGUUUUACAUAAAACUUCCAAAUAAAAUAUUUAAAUUUUUAUAAGAAACUUGGCUUGCCUCUGUGAACAUAAUUUUUAUAUUGGUUUUUGUGCUUGAAAAAUGACUCAAUACCUCUUGAUCAAAAUAAAUUUUUUUUCAGCCGUACCCACAGCAUAUAUAUAAGUUUCCAGAGCCAGGGAUCCACGGCAGCAACCCAGACUAACUCCGAAUCCUUAACCCCUUGUGCCAUAAGGGAACUCCUUUGUUUAUUUUUUUAAUUGAACUAUA